GCAGAAACAAAACAAAAAUCUGCCAGUGACAGUCACGACGGUGCUCCGAAUUCUACCACGUUGCGUAUUUUUCAGCAAAGACUGAAUGCUACGCGCCGGUUUUGGUGGAGUAGUGAAAGUAGUAUCCCAUAGAACCGGAUUACUGAGUCGCCAGACUACCGGAAGAAUGGCCACAUUCGAGCGGGUUCUUUCGAACAAUCAAGCGGCCGAAGAGCCCCUCGCUCCGGAAGAGUUCAAGGCGUUGAAGAACGAGAAGGCCGCCGCCCGGAUCGAGGAACUGAAGGUGGAGAAUGCUGCACUGCGCCAGCAGGUGGAAGCCGCGCGCUCGAAGCUCAUAGCUCUGGAGGUGCAGAACGGAAAACCACAAAUUGCGGUUCCCGGACAGGUGGACACGACUCCCGCGGUAACGGUCAAGGUGGAAGCGAAGCAGGAAGCAGCAGCUAAACCGGCGGCACCCGCCAAACAAGCCGACGAUGCUAAACCACCGAAGGAAAAGAAGCCCAAGAAGGAGAAGCCGGCCGCGGAUUCGAAGCCAGGCGCGGCCGUUGAAGAACCUCCAAUCGACGUGGGUCGGCUGGACAUGCGAGUGGGCAAGAUUGUGGAGGUUUCGCGCCACCCGGACGCGGACAGUCUCUAUCUGGAGAAGAUCGAUUGCGGGGAACCGACGCCGAGAACUGUUAUUUCUGGACUUGUUAAAUUUAUCCCGAUUGAGGAGAUGAAGGACCGGUACUGCGUCGUGCUGUGCAACCUGAAGCCGGCCAAGAUGCGCGGGAUUCUCUCCGAGGCCAUGGUCAUGUGCGCUUCCACCCCCGAGAAGGUGGAAAUCCUUGCCCCACCGGAAGGAUCCGUGCCGGGAGAUUUGGUCCACGUGGAAGGCUAUCCAAGGGUUCCGGACGCGGUCAUGAAUCCGAAGAAGAAAAUCUUCGAAACGGUCGCACCGGAUUUGCGCACCAACGGAGAGCUGGUGGCCUGCUACAAGGACAGCACGUUUGUCGUGCCCGGCAAGGGGCCAGUUAAGGCGCAAUCGCUCAAGAAUGUUAACGUGAAGUGAUGCGGUUUUGAGAUUGUCUUAUUUGUGCUGAAAAUAAAGCUUUUUUCGAGGAAAUGCAUUUU